AUGGAAAAACUAAAUAGCAGAUAUGUAGCUAUUGAUGGAUGGCUUGUCGAUAUUGAUCAAAAACGUAUCAUCAACCCUGAAGACAUUGCGGAUGACUUACCAAACGAAGACUAUUUUAAGUUAUCACAACUGCACCUGAAGAAUUGGGAAGAAGUUUCUGAUGAACCACAAUUAUUCAUUUCAACUAAAUCACAAUUACUUGUCGAGAAAAUAAGAUGGAGAUUGCAGGAUUUUGUAGAACUCUUAGAUGGUCGAAUUGUUCCAAAAUCAACUCAGAUUCCAACAACUGAAGUACUUGAUGAGUUUUCGAGAAAAUGUCAUAAGCUUACUCUAAGUAAUAAAAUUUCAAAAUAUUUGUUUUUGGAUGCUUCCAUUGCCAGCACGUCGAGACCACAAACUAAUGCCACCAACUAUAAUCAAGAAUUAUAUCCUAUUAUCUGUACCCCUUACACACAGCAUGUUAUUAUUGAAGGCUUCAUCAUUGAUUUGAGAAACAAAAAAUUAUGCAAUUUUUAUUCUCAAUCAAUCCGAUCAAAAUUACCAGAAAAAGCUUUACGUAUAAUAGUUGAAGACUAUAAGGCAAAUACUUUUGAUAUGUUUUCAAAUAUAAAUUCCAAUUAUUUAUUCGUUAAAGAUUUCAGAUUAUUUAACUUACUUGAGAAAAAAACGUAUGUUCGAUUUAAGAAAACGGAUGACAGUGGGUAUUCUUGUCAGAGAACGAGUAAACAGUCUGCAACGCACGUUUGCUAUGUUGUUCAACUAAAUGGUCAAAAGGAUGAUAUAUUCUUGGUAAGAGAAAAAUCCAUUGAUAAUUCAUAUACAUCCAUAGAAAUGAUAGAACAACCAUUAACGGAAAUGAAAUUUGUUACUAGGUUUUAUAACAAUGAAGUAGAACCUUUAAGAUAUGAUUUGUUAUCAUAUAAGAAAUCUCAUAGGAUUGAUUUACCCUAUACUAUACAUCAUAUAACCAAUGAGCUAUGGACUGCACUAAAUUUGCCAAAAAUACCAGAUUUAGUUUUAAACUUUAUAAGAGAUUGUGAAAAUACCGAACAAGCUGUACUGUAUUAUGGUUUAGGUAAAAGGUUAGAGAAUAAUUGUUUGAAAGAUAUAUCAGAAAGACUGAAAAGAAUAACUUCUGUAUUUGAAGUCGAGGAACGACUGAAACCAUGGAAUGAUCAAAUCUCAAAUGUAUUAGAAAUUGCUUUAGAAAGAGCAAGAAUAAAUUCAAAAAAGGUAAGCCAGUAUAUUUUUGCCAUGUAUAUCAAUCAUUUAUUCAGUACACUUCUCAGCUCUUCCAAACUCUAUAUCACAUUAAGAUUUCUCCUCAUAAAUGAUAAAUUCAUAAUUGAUUUGGCAGAGAAUAAAUUAAUUAAUCCUAAAUCAAAGACAUUUUUGGAAUCGAUCCCAGAGUACGUAGCUGAUGCCUUAGGACAAUUUGAUUUCUUCGAUUGGAGUAUCUUUAAUUUCAGUAAUGAACCAUUUCCCAUUUAUUGCAGUGAAUUAUUUGAAGAGUUACAUAUGGAAGAAAGGGAGUUUAUAUUGGAUGAUAGAGGUGUCCUGCAUGUUAAUAAUUCUGGAUACUCUGGUAUGAUUGUGAAAGUGCCAUGCGCAGCAAUAGAAUUGAAAGACAAAAGCGUAAUAUAUAUAUAUAGAGGACUUGAACCAAUUGAGCUUCCCGAUUUAGAGGACCUUCCAGUUGAUAUUCGACCAUUCCAUAUAGUUCCCGCUAAUGAAAUUGAAGAAUGGUAUGAAGCGGCAAUAAAAGAACUAAUAACCCUCUCGUCAUUUUCUUCAGUGAGAGAAAUUUACACCAAAUACUUGAACAAUUUAUCAACAAACACAGAAAACUAA